UGCUGAUAAUCACUCUCAAUGGAAUCAAAUCAAAAAUCCGGGGAUGGAUUGAGCGGCACUCAGAAAGAAGCAGCCCUCCGCGCACUCAUUCAGCGCACAGGAUAUAGCUUGGUCCAGGAAAAUGGACAAAGAAAAUAUGGCGGCCCUCCCCCUGGCUGGGAUGCUGCACCCCCAGAGCGGGGCUGUGAAAUUUUUGUCGGAAAACUCCCUCGAGACCUUUUUGAGGAUGAACUCGUUCCACUUUGUGAAAAAAUUGGCAAAAUCUAUGAAGUGCGGAUGAUGAUGGACUUCAAUGGAAAUAACCGAGGCUACGCUUUUGUCACAUUCUCCAACAAGCAAGAGGCCAAAAACGCCAUCAAGCAGCUAAACAACUAUGAAAUUAGAAAUGGACGUCUCCUUGGGGUUUGUGCCAGUGUAGACAACUGUCGAUUAUUUGUUGGCGGAAUCCCCAAGACCAAAAAGAGGGAAGAAAUAUUGUCAGAGAUGAAAAAGGUCACAGAAGGAGUGGUUGAUGUCAUCGUAUACCCUAGUGCCGCAGACAAAACCAAGAAUCGGGGCUUUGCUUUUGUGGAGUAUGAAAGUCAUCGAGCUGCAGCCAUGGGCAGGAGGAAACUACUCCCAGGGAGGAUUCAGUUGUGGGGACAUCCCAUUGCAGUAGACUGGGCAGAACCAGAGGUGGAGGUUGAUGAAGACACAAUGUCUUCUGUGAAAAUCCUUUAUGUGCGAAAUCUCAUGCUGUCUACCUCUGAAGAGAGCCUGGAAAAGGAAUUCAACAGUAUUAAACCAGGAUCUGUGGAGAGGGUGAAGAAAAUCCGAGACUAUGCUUUCGUACACUUCAAUAACCGCGAAGAUGCAGUGAAUGCCAUGAAAGUUUUAAAUGGAAAGGUGUUGGAUGGUUCUCCUAUCGAAGUUACAUUAGCCAAGCCGGUGGAUAAAGACAGUUACGUGAGAUACACCCGAGGCACCGGCGGCCGGGGCUCAGCGCUGCAAGGGGAAUACACCUACCCCCUGGGACCUGUUUAUGACCCAGCCGCAGCCUACCUGGGAGCCCCUGUCUUCUAUGCCCCCCAGGCCUACGCAGCCAUUCCAAACCUCCACUUUCCAGUGGCCAAGGGACACCUCGGCAACAGAGCCAUCCUGAGGCCGCCUUCCAUUAGAGAAAUUUACAUGAAUGUCCCUGUAGGGGCUGCGGGAGUUAGAGGACUGGGCGGUCGUGGAUAUUUGGCCUACCUGGGCCGGGGGCGUGGCUAUCAGGUCAAAGGAGACAAGAGGGCAGAGGACAAGCUCUACGACAUUUUACCCGGCAUGGAGCUCACGCCAAUGAAUCAAGUGACCUUAAAGCCUCAAGGAAUGAAACUGGCUCCUCAGGUCUUAGAAGAAAUCUGCCAGAAGAACAACUGGGGACAGCCAGUGUACCAGCUUCACUCGGCCCUGGGCCAAGACCAAAGACAACUUUUCCUUUAUAAAAUCUCCAUUCCAGCUCUUGCCAACCAGAAUCCAGCAAUUCACCCCUUCACUCCUCCAAAACUUAGUGCCUUUGUGGAUGAAGCCAAGACUUAUGCAGCUGAGUAUACCCUUCAGACCCUGGGAAUUCCCGUGGAAGGAACCGAGGCUCUGCCAGCUGCUGCGGCUGCGGCUGCUGCUUUCCCAGGCUACGCCAUUGCAAAUGCAGCUGCCACCAUGACUGCAACUCAGCUGAAACAGGCUGUGACCCUUGGCCACGAUCUGGCGGCGUAUGCGACCUAUGAAGCCUACCCUGCCUUUGCCGUGGCUGCUCGCGGGGAUGGAUACGGGACCUUCUGAGGACUGUUUUUUGUAUGUUUGUUUUUUUUAUUUAAAAACAAGAGACAUGAAGCUCAAUGUAGACAAAACCACCCUUAACUCUCCUCAUUUUUCUACAAAAUUGUAAAGUCUCCAUUUCCUAAA